AUGCUGCUUGAGGCGCACCACGCCGCGGCGCGCAAGAUCGUGCUGGCGGUGCACCGCGACCUCGAGCAGCUGGAGACUGGCCGCAACGUCUCGCUCGAUCUGCAGCUGCAGAUAUCGCAGAACCUCAACGCGCUCGCUCGGGAGCUGCACGAACUCGAGCGGCUGCUGCCAGGCGAGCGCAACUCGACCAUCUGGCGGAGGAAGAUCGUGGAGCUGCAGGAGGAGUCGCGGAGCCAGCGCGCGGCCCUCACUCGCUUUACCUCCAGCGCGCGGCAGCAGCAGCGCGAGGCAGCAGCGGAGGAGCGCGACGCGCUGUUUGAGCGGCGGCGCCACAACGGUGGCGAUCAGCACGCCAUCGCGAUGGACGGUCUGCUCGAUGAGUCGAAGCGGAUCCGCGAGGCGGACUCGCAGCUCGACGCCUUCAUCGGGAAUGGCUACGCGGUGCUCGAGGCGCUUGGCCAGCAGCGCUCUGCGCUCAAGGGCAUCGAGCGCAAGGUGCUCGACUUGGCAAACACGCUCGGGGUCUCCAACUCGGUGAUGCGCGUCAUCGAGCGGAGACAGCUCGUCGACAAGGCGAUCGUGUACGGAGGCAUGCUGCUCACCCUCUGGCUGCUCUGGUUUGUCUUUGUGCAUUUGCGACGGCCCGCGGAGGCAGAGGCGGAGUGA